CUGGGUCAUGUUGACCUAUGAGAAUGGUGAUCCCUACAUGGGCCACUGUAAAGGAAAUGGGUCAGGACCGGGCGAGAAAAGAAGGGCCAAGAUCAUGUUUGUGUGUGAUGAAGGAGCCUCAGAUGUGAAAGCACUGCAACCUCGCGUUGUGGAAGAAAUGAAUAACAAAACAAUGGACUGCUUUUACUUGUUCGAGAUCAACACGAAUGUGGUGUGCGAAACAAGGCCUUUGAUAACUAUAGGACUGAGUACCGGCACCAUUCUCAUCAUUGUGUUUUUAUGUGUGGCUACAUUCUACCUACUUGCCGGUGUGAUAUACAAGAGGGUGAUGCUGAAAGCCAAAGGUCUUGAGCAGAUACCGAACAUAGACUUCUGGAAGGACUUUGGAAAUCUGGAAGCUGAUGGCUGUGACCUUGUGUGUCGUUCAAGAGGCGCACGUAAACCUCGGGAGUACAAAGGCAUUGCAGACGCCCAACUUGAUGAGCCUGAUUUCACGGCCAAUCAUGACGAUGGUCUCCUGCCAAUGUAGGGCCACUACAUGUAGACUCAGAUCAGUGAGGGAUAUGAGGCAUGUUUGAGCAUCAUUCUGGAAAAUUUGGCCUAAUGUAUUUGCGUUAUAAAAAGUGAAAGUGUCAUCACAGAUUUGCAUGUACAGUGUGCACAGGCUAAUCAGGGAUGACACUUUCUGUUUACUCGUUCUGAUUUUCGUUAAGAAGAGACCACACUAAAACGAAAAACUAAAUAAGUUGAGUGGGCUAACUUUUGAACUACCAGUAUGUUUUGACAAAUAUGUAUAUGUUGUAAUAAAAAAUCAUGUAAAUGAUAAAAAAAAGUCUGCUUUAUCCCUUUACUACUUCGAUACAUAUUUUGACGAAUUUGUAGACCCUAAGAAAUUUAUAUUUAAUUUAAGACCUUUCUUACUAGACUCAAGUUUUUAAGGCUUCAAUGCUUACAUUUAUAUACUGUUGAGCAGCAAACAGCAUAAAACCUAAACAGACUGAGAGUUACGGGCAGCCUGUUCUGGUUUUAUGCUGUUUGCACAUAGCUAUUUUUACUUUGCUUUUAAGUGGGAAAGGGUUAACAGUAAACUUUUCCAGAAAUUACUGAGAUUCUUUUAUAUUACAUAUGAUCUAGUUGUAGAUAUAAACAUUCCAUUUGUUAAUAUAUGUUAGUUUUCCCUUAACUAUGCGUCACUAAACCUUUAGUAGCAUAAAGGUUUGUUCUUUAGAGUAAAUUGGAUAACAAUCAUGUGAUAUCUGAGGGCAGAGAUUAACUAUGACUUACAAUGUUCAUUUUCAUUUCAUGUGUGGAGGUAUUAAUAGAUUCUAAAAGAUUGUUUUCUAACAGAGCACUUUGUCCAGAAGUGUAAAAGUUUUGAAUUCAAGUCACAUGUUUGUUUUCGAAAGUGCUGACUCCAAAUAAACAUUUACAAAAUAGUGAUAUAUAAAUUGUUGUUAUUUAAACAAGUAAAGGAUGAACAGAUUUUUGAACAAAGUUAUUUUGUAAGUCUUGUUUUUGCAGUUUGUGUUGGAGCAUGAGAGAACAUGUAAAAAUGCUGAAUUUUGUUUUUUUGCAAUAACCUUUCAUUAUGGUUAUUCUUUUAAGAUAACAAAUGUUGUAAGUUACAUAACAAGUUGUUAAUUGUGCAUAAAGGGUUGUCGCUUUUUUGUACUAAUUAUGUCUUGGACGAGUUAGAAAAUGGUUCUGGUUGGUUUAAAAACAUGGCCACCAGGGAUUUCUAUCUUCAUGAGAUUUGUCCCAAUGCUAUCUUACACAAGAUAAAAAAUGGUUCUAGUUGAAUUAAAAACAUGGCCGACAGAAGGCGGCAUUUUGUCUUAUAUGACUAUAUAUUGCUUUAGUUAAAACUUUGUUAACACUCUAGAGGCCACAUUUAUUUGCGAUGUUCAUGAAAUUCAGUCAAAUGAUUUGACCCAAUAUUUUGUAUGAGAUUCUUAAUAGUUCCAAAUGGUUGAAAAACAUGGCUGCCAGGGUACGGGGCAUUUUUCCUUAUAUGGCUAUAUUUAAAACCUUUUUAGCACUCUACAUGCCACAUUUAUUGUCUAAUCUUCAUGAAACCAGGGGGCAGGGAAUUUUUCCUUAUAUGGCUAUAGUAAAACCUUGUUAGCCCUCUAAAUGUCACAUUUAUUGUUCAAUCUUUAUAAAACUUGGUCAGAACAUGUGUCUGAGGAUAUCUAGGGCUUCACAGAACAGGUCUGUUUCAGUGCACUCAGGUGAUCCACUUUGGGCCGUUCAUACCCUCUUGUUCAUUUUAAUGGCAUUGAUUUAUUUCAAUUAUUUCAUUGAUUAUGUUAUUGAAUAGUGCCAUCAUCUACAAGUUACAUCUUGGUAAUGCUGAGAUAAUAUAUUCACUUACAUGUUAAUGCAUUUAAUGAUCAAUGAAUUUGAAACUGUAGUGAUUUUUAAUAAGCAUUCAAAAUUUUAGUCAUAAAAAUGUGUGAGGCGGUUUUGUAUUUGUAGAACCUUAUUUUUCGUUAGUCAAUGUCAUUCACGGGCAGUGGUACUGUUUAAUUAUUGUAUAAUUAUUGUUUUCAAUAAAUGUUUGUUGCAAUAUUUGAAAAGUUCUUUUUGUACAGUUUGUCUUAUGUAUUAAUCCAGUCAUUAUGUAAUUAAAAUGAGCAUUUUUAGCUCACCUAAGCACUAUGUGCUAGUGAUUAGCUAUUGUGAUCUCCCUUUGUCUAGCGUGAGUUGUGCAGCAUCAACAUUUGCCUUGUUAAGACUCUAGAGGCCACAUUUAUUGUCCAAUCUUCUUGAAAUUCGGUCAGAAGAUAUAUGCCAAUGAUUUCUUAGACGAGUUGGGAAAAGGUUCGGGUUGGCUGAAAAACAUGGCUGCCAGCGGGAGGGGCAUUUUUCCUGAAAUGGCUAUAGUAAAAGCUUGUUAACAAUCUAGUGGCCAUAUUUAUUGUCUGAUCAUCAUGAAACUUAGUUAGAAGAUUUUUCCCAAUGAUAUCUUUGACAAGUUCCAAAAUGGUGUUCGGGUUGCUUGAAAAACAUUGCCGCCAGGGGGCAGGUCAUUUUUCCGUACAGGACUAUAUAUGGCUAUAGUAAAAUUUUGUUAACACACUAGAGUCCACAUUUAUUGUCUGAUCUUCAUGAAACUUGAUCUAAAGAUUUGUCCAAAUGAGAUCUUAUACGAAUUAGACAAUGGCUUCAUUUCGUUGAAAAAUAUGGCCUCCAGGGGGCGGAGCAAUUUUCCUUAUAUGGCUAUAUAUGGCUUUAGUCAAACCUUGUUAACACUCUAACAACCACAUUUAUUGUUCCAUCUCCUCAAACUUGUCCCAAUGAUAUCUUUGACGUGUUUGAAAAUGAUUCAGGUUGGUUGAAAAACAUUGCCGCCAGGGGGCGGGGCGUUUUUCCUUAUAUGGCUCUAUAUGGCUUUAGUAAAACUUUGUUAACACUCCAGAGGCCACAUUUAUUGUCCUAUCUUUAUGGAACUUGGUCAGAACAUUGUUUAAAUGAUAUUUUGCAUGAGUUUGAAAAUGGUUCCGGUCUGUUGAAAAACAUGGCCGCCAGGUGACGGCGAAUUUAUCCUUAUAUGGCUAUAGUAAUACCUCGUUAGUACUCUAAAGGUAACAUAUGUAGUCCACUCUUUAUGAAACUUGGUCAGAACAUUGGUUCAUAUGAUAACUUCGGCUGCACAGAACAAGUCAGUUCCUUUGUAUCUCAGGUGAGAGACUUUAAGGCUUUUAGGCCCUCUUGUUCUCAAAUCACAUUCCUUUUGUUAUUUAUUGCAAUUCUUUUUUUAGCUUCUUAUAUUUGUUCAAGCUUUGUUAAAUGAGUGUAACUGUUGGUAGAUGUCACUAAAUGUCCCUCAGUCUCUGUCCCAAUGGAGAUUAUCCUAAAAAUGUGAUACUGGUCGACUAGACUGACUGAAUGACGAAUAGAUUGAAUCAAUGAUGAUAUCCUAAUACACUUAAAUGAAACAAUACAAUUUAAAAUACAACUGUGAAAAUAGUGAAAACUCGUUGGCAUUACAUUUGGUGUUUUGCUUAGCUCACUUGAGCACAUUGUGCUAACGGUGAGCGUUUGUGACCGCCUUUUAUCCGUCGUGCAGCGUCAACAUUUGCAUUGUUAACACUCUAGAGGACACAUUUAUUAUCCGAUCGUCUUGAAAAAUUUGGUCAGAAGUUUUGUGUCAAUGAUAUCUUGGAAGAGUUUGAAAAUGGUUCCGAUUGGUUGAAAAUCAUGGCCGCCAGGGGCGGGCAUUUUUCCUUAUAUGGUUAUGGUAAAACCUUGUUUCGACUGGACUGUAAAGUCCACAUUUAUCGUCCAAUCUUCAUGAAACGAGGUCUGAACAUUUUUUCUAAUAUCUUGGGCAUUUUCCAUUUAUUGCUAUAGUAAAACCUUGUUAACACUCAAGAGUCCACAAUUAUAGUCCGAUCUUCAUUAAACUUGGUCAGACGAUUUUCACAAUGAUAUCUUUGACGAGUUCGAAAAUGGUUCAGGUUGGUUGAAAAGCAUGGCCGCCAUUGGACGGGGCAUUUUUCCUAUAAAACUUCUGAACACUCUGUAAGCCACAUUUAUUGCCCAAUCAUCAUGAAACAUAGUCAGACCGUUUCGUUUAAUGAUAUCAUCGAUACGUUCGAAAAUAGUUCCGGAAUGUUGAAAAACAAGGCCGCCAGGGGGCGAGGAAGUUAUCCUUAUUUGGCUAUCGUAAAAUAUCGUUAGCACUCUUAAAGUUACAUUUAUAAUUCACACAAUGACACUUGGUCAGAACAUUUGUUCUGAUUAUAUCUUGGGCUGCACAAAACAUGUCAGUUUCAGUGUAUCAUAGGUGAGCGACUUUCGGCCUUUGAGGCCCUCCUGUUUUCAAAAAUGGCGUUUUCAUUGACACGUGCAUUCGUGGAUUUCUUAUUAUGGAAAAAUUGAGGAAUUCGCAUCUUGCAUUUUCCGAUUUAUUUGAAUGUGUUAAAUUCACGCAUUGCUAAAUCAACGGCAGUUAAUCUCCUACACAUGAUUAUGACUUUACAGUAUUAAUCUUAAUCGUGGUUCAGUAGCAUUAUUGAAUGUGUGUCAAUAUAGGUGGGUGCCACUGAAUGUGUCGUAAGUUUCUGUCCGAAUACGACAUUGUCCGAACACAUUGAUACUCUUCAAAUGGCUGAAUGAAUUGCUCUAUACAUAUACAAGUGCAUUAAACUCUUGGCAUUGCUUACUAUUUCCGAAACAUGGCUUCACUUUUAUGUAUUCACAUGAAAAAUGUUUUAGUUGCAGAUGUGCGGUUGCUAUUUGGGUUGAAUGUUCUUUAUUUUCCCUUUUUUAAAUAAUAAAAAUGAAAUAAAG